UGCUCUUAACACAGUAUAAACUUGAACCGUAACAAGUUAUAAGCUACGUAUAGACUCUAGAGUAACACAUGUAAAAAAUUAGACUCCACGUAUUCGUGAAUGUUGCAGAUAUCCGGAGAAUGAGACAACCAAACCCUCUAUUUCUCCGCAUCUUUAAUCUAAGAUCCAUCUCAACUAGUUAUCUUCACUAGAACUCUAGUGAUCUCAAGAUGAAACUUGGCAAUACACUGAUCCUUAAUCUUUUAAUUUUGAUUUACUUUACGUCUGGAUACAACCAGAUACAGAUAUGUAGUUAUAAACUUCAUUUUGAUCUUUGUCUCCGACAUCUAGCAAAGAAUGAAACCUCGAGCUGUGACAGUUUAGUCUCCGAUCUAAGUCUAGUGUUGGAGGAAUCAUCUGCUGAAGUUAGGACGAACGCUUUAUCCUGGAGAGAUGAGAACCUGGAGAAUCUAGAGUUUAGAGUUGAGAAGAGUAAAGAUAAGGGUUUACAGUACUAUACCUCAGCUCCUGUAUCAGGUGUAAGGAAGGAUCUAAUGAGAGGAUUAUCGAGGAUGGUUCUAGACCUGGAGGAAACCAAUGGGUUCUCGGACUGCCAGGAGAAGAAAACUAACUCCGGAGAUGAAACCAGAAGAGAGUUGGAUUGCUCAAAAACAUCUCAAGGAGAUUCAAUUUAUCAUAUUCAAGAACUUUACUCAGACAGAAAAGUAAGAAAAGAGGGAGGAAAAAUCAAAGAGAUUUUUGUAGAAGAAAUAUUUUCUCAUUUUUCCAACCUGAACCGUAACCUGGGAACCCAGAUCUCCAGUAAUCUCAAAUUAACCCGGAGUUCAGACUGCAAGGACGGAAACUCUAUUCUGGAUUCCGUAAACCUGGUUAAAACUGAUCUUCACGAAUCUGAAGAGGAGAACCAAGAAUCUGAUAUUAAAGAGAAAGUGAAACCUCUGGAUAAAAUAUUAAAGGAAGAGAAUGUUCUGAAACGAAUGUCGGAGCUAAAAACAGCUGUGAUGAAUAUGUCUGAGAUUGAACUUGAUAAAAUGUUGAAAAAAUACAAGAAUUCUGCCAAAUAUCAUUAUAUUCUUGAAUCAUGCGGAGCAGUUGGAACCUUGAAGGUGUAUAAAGCUGUUCUGAAAGCCCUCCCUCCCUCUACUCCUCAACCCGGACACCUAGAAAGGUUUCUGAUUUCUCUGAGUUUCAAUCCUAACCUAGAGAAGGAGAUUAUACAAGAUUUGAAAACCAUUCUUCACAAGUACAAGAGUUCACCAAAUAUCGUGGAUACUAUUUUCAACUGUAUCUGUAAACAAGAAGGAAGAGAGCCCCAGAAAAAGGAGGAUAUAGAGAAGCUUCUAAACCUGACUGCAAGAGCUGGAGCUUCAGGAGCUGCAGGAGCUGCAGGAGCUGCAGGAGCUGCAGGAGCUGCAGGAGCUGCUGGAGCUGCAGGACUGAGCUGUACUGAUGAGACAUGUCAACGACGGAUUCUAUCUUGUCUCUCAGCUCUUCGUUCAGAUGAUUUCUCUGAGAAAAUUCUUGAUAUUGUUCGAACUGGAAAAGACAAGAAGGUCCGUGAGACUGCUGCAACAGUUCUCCUGGGUCUCUAUCCUACAGAUCCUGCUCGGAGACAGGACCUGGAGAACACAGUGUUAAAACACAUACUAGAGAAGGAUCUAGGAAAUGAAGAGUUCUUAAAACUAAUGGAGAUAGUUGACAUGAAUUCUUUAAAUCGUACAACUAUAAAACAACUCUUCAAGAUAAAAGAUAAAGAGAGACGAGCUUAUCUAUCCCAGAAGAUUAGUUCUCAAGUAUCUUCUCUUCAGAAGGAUUAUUCUUUACUCUCCUACGCUACUCAGGGUGAGUCUGUUUAUGUAUCCCGAGAUCUAGUAUCUGUGGAAGGUAUGGAGGGAAGGUUUAUGUUCUCCACCAGUAUGUCUGGAUCCUCAAUAUCUCGAACCUCCUUCUCCCUGGAUAUCCUGGAUGUAGCGAACCACAAGAAGAACCUGCUCAGCAUACAAUCAUUCAUUGGAGGAAUAUCGGGUUUCCUCGGAGAUGCAGAUCCUGAAGAUGACAAGGAUGCGAAUGCUAAUCUACAAUUGUCUCUCCUAGGUUUACCUCUACGUCCUGUUGUCCUCUUCAGUUCUGUAGGAGAUCUCAUAGAACUUUAUUGGUCUGGAGCAGGACAGGAAAAAACUACGUUAUUAGAGGGUAGUCUUCCCCUGGAGGAGAAUAGAAGAGAAUGGGAAACCUGUUCUGGAAUCAGGAUUCAGAUUCAUUCAAACCUUAAUCUCUACAUCAACUCUGCAGGCGAAGGGAGUGUGUCUAUCUGGGAGAGCUCCGGGAGUAGUAAUCUUCAAACAGAUAUAUCUGUGGUGGGGUCCUCUACUGUUCAGGUUCUAGCUCCAAGAGCAAGUUUUAUCUCUUGCAGGAUUAACCUGGAGACAGGAUUGGUCGUUGAUACUCAGGUACAGACUGGACAAGAUUUAGCAGCGUGUGUAAAGAUGAAAUCUUCAGAUCUCCACUUUAUCCUGGAGCUAAACGGUUCCAAAGGAAAAAGCAUUGAAAGCCAUGUUUACCCUGGUCUAACCUGGAACCUAAACCACAAGAACAAUAUGAUGUGCUCAGCGUUUUCUAAAAGAUAACAGCUGUUAUAUUAUAAUAAAUGUUUAUAUUGACCUUCUGAA